GCCGAACGCUAAACGAAUUGCUCGGGUUUCAAAGCGAUUUCACGUCAGUAAAACCGGCGAAAUUAGUUGACGACUUGUUUAUUCAAUAGUUUGCAGACUUACUGCUCCUGACUGCAUGUGUUACAAUAAUCCACCUGGAAGUGCGAAAUAGAAGACCAUAUAAACCGUGACUAACUUUCUAAUCGCAUCAAACUUCUCCAAGCUUUCAUAUCCUGGAAACCCUUCGUUACCACCGUUUGGCCUUAACAUGAUUCAUCUUUCAGGACAUCAUACAAAAAGUGAGAAGUUAGAUAACUUGAAUGAAGAGAAUUAGGAGGAGGAAUUGGCCAUCUAGCCCUUCAAAUAGGCUCCGCCAUUCAUAAAAAUCGCAUGGUUUAUAAAUACCCUCGGAUCUAUUUUCCUCGAUUAACCCCCUGACCGCCUUAUUGAACUUAAUGGUCUCUGAGCCUUUAAAAAAGAUAAUUCCAAAAGUUGCUUUCUGUGUGCAAAUUCUCUCCUGAAAAUGUGACCAAUGUUUUCAGCUUCUUCGGCCAACAUUAAAUCUUCAUCAACCCUGUGAAGCCCUUUAAAAAUGUAUUGACCAUUCAAUGAUGCUGUCUCCUUUUAAACUCAACAUGCUCAGUCAUGGGGCAAGUUCGGCAACUCGGGAAGUAGAAAGCUUGAAAGAACGAAAAUCGAAGUCGGAGAUUUGGGACAUAAGGACUUAAAGGUAGGGUCUGUAGGCAAGAGGCCCUAUGUCCACAGGACUGAGAGUCCAGGGCCAAGUACUGUCCCAUUCAGGUCUAAAGAUUUGAUCUCUGUGGGAGAUUUAUUACUCUUGUGGGAUAACGUAUUUCCUGACAAGUGAGACUUGUGGGUGUGAAACAAUCUCAGGUUCUGAUGGCCUCCUCAAUGGUGGUUGUAGGAGUUGACUCUGGGACUGCAGAAAGUGGUUCUGACUACUCUAGACACAUUCCUUCCGGACGUGUCGACAUCCCGAACAGUGCAUGGCAAGCUUCAUGGGACGAUGUGGAUCAUAAUGUAAAUGAAUGAGCUGAAGGCUGCCCUAAGAGAUCUGGAUCAACGAUACUUGCUCUUCAAGCAGCAACAAUUCACCUUUGUUACGGCUUUGGACCACACACGGGAGAAUGCACAUGACAAGACUCAACCCGUGUCCACUCUUGCUCAGGUUCAGAGUUACCUGGACCACCACUGUAACAACACAACCGACAGGCGAGUCAUGAUCAUGUUUCUGGACCUUUGCAAAGAUCUCAGUGAGUUCUGUAGUAAACUCCAGGAUAUAAAUCCCAAAUCCUGCUCAAUCAAUGAUGUACUGGAGAAGUGUAAAGUCCUUCUCAGCUGCAACCAUGACAUAAGAAACCUCAGAGCCAAAUAUCCUCACGAUGAACUGAACCACCUGAGCUGUGAUGAAGCAAAGCACCACUAUGGAGGUGUGAUCAGCGUCCUACCAAUUGCUCUAGAUUACUUAAAAGAUGGUAUGGGCAACAUCGAGUUAGCCCAGUAUGAAGCUGCUAAAAACAACAGGUAUGCUCAUUGCAACAAGAGAGAGGAACCAAAAGAGAACAGUGAGGGCAGCACACAAACUGCUCCACUGCAGAUGAAAGAGUGUGAAAUCACAUACAUGAAAUGGAAAGCAUCCACCAAAAAGAAAAAUAAGCCCUUAACAGUCAAACCACCAUGGGUACCAGCUGGUAAAACCAAUGGUCUCUGAGCCCUUGCAAUAUACAAGCUUCCCACCAUUGUUAGUGGUUGCCUGCAGUCCUGAUGGCCUAAUGCCAGGCCCUGCCCUUCCAAUCGGGACAAGUGUUUCCAACAGCCUGAAUAAAUUAAAAGAGUUGUUGCGGACUUCUGUACAACAUAUUUUCCGGGCGUUUUCCGAAGAACUCCUUCCUAAAAUGAUGGCUCUCUUCAUUUUUCAAAAUAAUGCUGGCAAUUAUAGCCUACAAAGUACUUGCCUAUAAGUAAGUACAGAGAAGGCAGGAGAAUGGGAUUGAGAGGGAUAAUAAAUGAUGGAAUGGUGGGGAGACUUGAAGAGCUGAAUGACCUAGUUCUACACUGAUGUCUCACAGUCUUAUGAGCACAGGGUAUUCUGAAGCUUGGGGAGAUGAGGUAGUACAUUGUGGCAAGGACACUGUCGUAACAGACAGUGACAAGAAGCACAGCUCACAGGGUAAUGAUAGAUUAUCUAUUUUUUGUGAUAAACGUUGCCCGGGACAUCAGAAAUAAUCAACACACACAAAAUGCUGGAGGACCUCAGCAGGCCAGGCAGCUUCUGUGGUAAAGAGUAAACAGCCAACGGUUUGGGCAGAGACCCUUUAUCAGGACUGGAAAAAAAGAUGAGAAGUUAGAGCAAAAGGUUGGGGGGAGGAGUAGUUUUGCCCACCUUCUCCCUCACCUGGCUGCACCUAUCACCUUCCAGCUUGGACCAAUUCCCUUCCUCCUCACCUUCUUAUUCUGGCUUUCUUCCCCUUCCCUUCCCAACUUGAUGAAGGGUCUCGGCUCAAAACGUCGACUGUUUAUUCCUUUCCAUAGAUGCUGCCUGACCUGCUGAGUUCCUCCAGUGUUUUUUAUGUUUUGCUCUGGAUUCCCAGCACAUGCAGAAUCUCCAGUGUUUACUGUCUUCACUCCUUUAAAUAAUAUCCAGACCAUAGACCAGCCAACUUAUUUAAGUAAGUUGGAGAACCAUAAAGUGAGUCGCUGAGGAAAAUGUUCGGAAACCACUAUACCCGCAAUCUUCCAUCUAGGGCCAUUGACCCUUAGCUGACACCUAAGUCAAAGUCAAAGUAAAUUUACUAUCAAAGUACGUAUAUGACAGCAUAUCCUACCUUGAUAUUCAUUUACUUGCAGGUAUUUACAGAAAAAUAAAGAAAUACUAUAGAAUUUAUGAAAAAAUUAUACUCUCAUAUUAAGUUUGCACUGAUACAAGGAGUCCCUUCCUCUUCCCUUGAACUAUCCCUGCUUACAUAGAAUACUGAUGUGUGGGGCAGUAUUAACUAUGGUAAUUGCUCCUAUCCACAUUAAAGUUGGUAAAUAUAACCAGCCAGUGUUUCUGCCUUAGGCUGAAACAAUGACCUGAGUGCAAAACCUUGUGCCUGUGAGUAUUUGGCCAAGUGGGAUCCAAGUUCCCUGUGCUGGGCCUCAUGACUGAGUGACCUACUAUCUUGAUCUAGCCCCAUGCACAGCCAUAUGAUUGAGAGGCAGAAGUAAAUAUAUCUCACAGUUUCAGAAAAGAGUGGAAGAAAACACUGUUGUUAAUGUUAAUGAUACCCAUCAUUCUGAAAAUGUCACUGGUCUUUCACUAGAUCCAAUCCAGCAGAAACAAACUAAACAGAUAUCACAUUCACCAAAUAGCAUUUAUUGCCAAAUGGAGUGGUCCAAAAUAUGGGGAAAACCUCUAUGUUGGUGUAAAGUCACUAUCUCCGUGCCUUAGAGAACACUAAGUUUGAGUGACAUACUUAGAGUCAUACUACAGUGCAGAAAGAGGCCCUUCAGUCCAUGCCAAACUAUUAUGCUGCUGAGUCCCAUCAACCUGCACCUGUACCAUGGCUGUCCAUACUCCUCCCAUCCAUAUACCUAACCAAAAUUAUUUUCAACAUUGAAAUCAAACCUUCAUCCACCACUCAUGCUGGCAGCUCAUUACACACUCUCACCACCCUCUGAAGAAGUUCCCCCUCAUGUUCCCCUUAAACAUUUCAUCUUUUACCCUUAACCCAUGAUGUUCAGGUGUAGUCUCACCCACCCUCAGUGGGAAAAGCCUGUUUGCAUUUACCCUUUGUUAGGAAGUUAUCAUUGUAACUGGAUCACAAUAUGUUGAUUGAAAAUGAUCAUGGACCUAUAUAAUAUAUAGUAUAAGUGUAUAGUUAUU